AUGUCAACGCGAUCCUUAGCCACAUGGUUUAUGGCUCUUGCAUGCGCUGAUCGAUAUUUUUCAAGUUGUCAUAGUGCCAGACGGCGCCAGCUGAGUUCAGUAUUCAAUGCCUGUUGUAUAGUAAUAGCCACCACCGGACUUAUUCUUUUACUUUAUGUUCCUAUACUUAUCUACUUUGACAUUGAUCCAACUCAAAAUCCCAUUUGUUACGGUCGUAAAGGGUUCUAUCGUAUAUUUGCCGAUUUCUUCUACUUGGCAUGUUAUAGUCUUUGUCCAACUCUGGUCAUGGUUGUAUUUGGCGUAUUGACAAUCACAAAUGUCAGAAAGAUUCACCGACAAGUUUCGACAACAGCAACAGCGAACGUCCGUUUAAAACGUAAAGAUCGUCAACUAAUUCUCAUGCUAUUAUUUCAAGUGAUCGUCAUUAUUGUGACAAUACUACCGCUCACAAUACAAAAACUCUAUGCAACCUUCACGGCAAACAAUAUUAAAAGUCCAAUCCAAGUGGCUUAUGAAAAUUUGGCAUUGCAAAUAAUUCGUUCAGUCUCAUUUAUGAGUCAUUGUCUUAGUUUUUACAUAUUCACACUUGUCAGUGAUACGUUCCGUCGAGAACUUGUUCAUAUCUACCGGUUCUGUUCUAAACAUGCCCACAUUACAACGACUCGGACGACUGAAACACGCACAAUGACUCGAAUGAGCACAGCGGUUAACCGCACGGGAAGUAUUUAG